GACCAAAUGCCAAAAAAAGUCCACUGCCUACCAACCACACUUCAGAAGAAUCUCUCCUCACCCACACCAUUCUCUCAGCCUCUCUCACUACAAAAACCCCAUCUUUCACUCUCUCUCUCUAAGACCCACCAUGGAAAUCCAAGAAAAGCUUCUGAAAUACAAGUUUCACUUUCUUUUUGCACUAAUUUUGACCCUAUCAGUCUCUGCUCUAAUAUACUUUGCACCAAACUUCCUCACUAUUUUGGCAUACUUUUGGCCUCUGUUUCUCUCCACAGCUCUGUUUCUUGGUGCUGUCAUCUUCUUGGGCAAGACCAACUCGCUACCGGCUACAGAUUUCUCCGGUGACAAGGCUGGUGAAGGGCUCUUGGACUAUGUUGCUGGCCAACCUGAGCAUGCUGUAGACAGUUUCAAGUCUGACUAGUUAGCGUUUUUUUUUCUUCCCUUUGUCUUUUCUUUUAUUUAUUUGACACCUUUUUAUUUUUUUCUUUUAAUUUUUGUGGUUUGUAAUUUUCAGUUUGACACAAAUCUGAACUGUGAAUUGUUGGAAUAUUAUUUUUAUGUUUUUCUUUUAUUUUUGAUGUUAUUAUAAUAUUAUUUGUCAUAUGAUCA